UUUUGCUGCACUUGCACAAUACCCAGACCCUGUAAUAGUUAGUUCAAAUUUCACCAGUCUUAGCAAAAUGGUUCAGUUUGAUGUUGACGACAUCUUCUCCCCUACAAGCACCACCCUUCUAGAUUUGGAGGAUUUUGACUACGACCAGAUAGAUUCACUCUCAGACUACAGCAGUGGUGUGUCCCCCAGUUCCAGUAACUCUCUAGAUUUUGAAGAUGACUUGUUUAAAGAACUUUCCGCCUUACCAGACCUGGACUCUGACCAGCUUUGUGAUCCCGACUCCUUCCUUAACUUACACAGAGAACCAACUCCAACAGCAACUGAUGAUAUCUCAGUAAAAGAAGAGGUUUCUUCCCCCUUGUCCUCCCCUCAGUCUCUUGACCCAGGAUAUCCGGUGAAGACUCCUACCAAGCAGAACGAAGAGUUAGUUAAUGCUAGCAUUUACAACUACACCGGUACAGACUUCCUAAACGAUUCAAAACCUCCCGUCAAACCAGAAGUGGUACGGAAGCCAGUCAUCAUAAAAACAGAAGGCGGCAGCUACGAAACAAACGCCUUCCGGAACUGUAUGCGGAGUGACCGGAGCUUCAAAAUCUACAUCCCGUCUAGGAAACUAUCCUCCAACAUCAUAUCAGUCAACAUAAAGAAACAAGAGAACCAGGAAGCUCUGCACCAAACCAACUCUCAGCACAACCCUGGUAACCCUGGUAACCCUGGUAACCCUGGUAACCCUGGUAACCCUGGUAACCCUGGUAACCCUGCCAACACACAAUACCCACCUUCCUCUAAACACUCCAACCAUCAGUUUCCCGCUAACAAACGUCCUAAACCCUCCUCCGGUGUAUCCGAAGUUCCUCGGAUGAUGAAAGGAGGGAGGAAAGUGCCGGAGAUGAUCACUGCUGACAAGGCCUACUCCUACUACUCUCAGAUGAAGAACUUUAAGAUGGAGAGUAACAAGGUCAGACGAGCAGGGAGAUGUGUCAUGACGGUCCCCUCCCAUCUCAAGACUGAAGAGGAGAUCAGGAACUGGAAGAAGACGCAGAGGAUGAUAAAGAACAGGGAGUCAGCCUGUCUCAGUCGGAAGAGGAAGAAGGAGUACCUGGGUACUAUCGAGGCUAAACUCUCCUUUGCCACUCAACACGGAUCUGCUAUAGCUAACGAGAACUCGCGACUCCGGAAGGAUAUGGAGAACUUGCAGUCCGAGAACAAAGUACUGAGAGAAGCACUGGAUAAACUGAACCACCUCGCAGCCACUCUGUCUAAAAACAAGGGGGCAGUAAGCAAGGGGGCAGUAAGCAAGGGGGCAGUAAGCAAGGACACGGAGACACGAAGUAGAUCUCCAACUAGUAUCCCUAUCAGUACUACUCCCUGAGAGUAAUAACUAAAGGAAGGUUCCUGCUGGAAACCUGGACACUACAGAUUACUAUAUAGUAUUACUAUAUACAGACAGUUAGAUCAGACAGCCUGGUUCUAUUGGUCGUGGGAUAGCUUGUGAAGCAACAUUCACACAAUUAUCAUCAUAUUGACUUCUUUGGUUACUAUACUAUAGUAUUAGUAACUACUAUAGUUACUAUAGUUACCAAGUUACUAUUGUUCCUUUUUGUGUUUAAAUUAAUUUUA